GCGAAUCGUGUACGCGCAAGAGCUGCAAUGGCCGCUUUGGAUCGGCGAAAUCCUAAUCUCGACGAUUUUGUCGGAUUAAACUGGAGCUUUUGGGCAGACAGGGUGAAUGUUUUAUCAUCUGACGCUGGGUCUAAAGUUGAAGAUGACAAUUAUGGGAUGAACUGCUCAGAGACCAUGACCCUGGGAAAAGAAGAUAUGCACAUAUAUGGCCACUGCCCAGCACAUGAUGAUUUUUAUUUGGUGGUGUGCAGCCAGUGUGGUCAGGUGGUGAAACCUCAAGCCUUUGAGAGGCACUGUGAAAGGUGGCACGGCCCUGUUAUGAAGAUGCGUGACUCGUCAUCUACUCUGGCUCCUCAGCAGCUUAUUUGUUCCAGCCUUGCUCUUUCUAAUGUUUCUUCCUGUAUGGAAAGGCAGAAGGAAGGCAGAUGCCAAAAGGGCAGCGUCUCAUCUGCAGCCUCGCCUGCCCACCAGCACAGGUCUACGAAGACCCACAAGAAGACAGUGAGUUUCUCUUGUGUGAGGUUUCCUGGGGAAGACCCUCACUUCCUGCACCACUCCUCCUCCAUGCCUUGCCUUCCUUCAUUGAACUCAGCACCCCUGCCCGUUGACAACUGUUCCUCCUCCAGUCUGUCAGAGAGACCCUCUGUUCAGAAGUUUACAGCUGGACAGUCCACUGAGUCUCAUUGUCCUCUGCGAGGAAUAAGAACCUACAGCCGGAUUAACAAAAACAUCCAAAAAAAAGAAUGUGAGCUGAAUAAACAAGUUUUGGAUCCCGAAAGGAAGAAGCUGUGCAGCAGGGAGCUAAUGUACAAUACUGAUUCAGUCAAGCAUCAGCAGGAAGUGUUGGGACAAACUAAGACCACUGAUCAGUUUUCAGUGGAGCAGAGAACCACCUCAGCCACAGAUCAAGAUACGGAGAAGCUUCAUGACAAAUCGAAACACAAAAAGAAACACGUGGAAGCUUUUGGAGAGAAAAUGAAAAAUAAAUACACCAACAACUGCCACAUUCUAAGGUCCAGGAAUCCAUCAGAAAGCUCUUCCAAGGAGGAGGGUAAUGGCACAGUGGAAGUGGAAGUACAGCUGCCGUACCCUUUCAACCAGAACCUGCCGUCAAGUGACGAUAGUGAAGAGGAUGAGCAGGAUGAAGCCACAGACCUGCCUGCUACACCCUGGCACCCUAAACCUCUCGGGCUAUGCACUUUUGGAUGUCGCACGCUGGGUUGCAGCAUCUUCACAUUCGAUCGGCGUUUGCACCACCUGCAGUUUGCACUCAGUGCCAUGUUGGAGCGCCACGUCAGCACGCACUUGUGGAAGAAAAUGCCUCAAGUAUCAUCGGGUCUCAGAUCGCACUCCCUCAGCCUUGAAUCUACCUCAGUGGUACAGUUUGAAACCAAUCCAAACUCUUACAGUGUUAAACCGCCUUAUCCUGCCAUCUCUGCAAGUGUUGGGUCUGGGCGAUUGUGUUUUCCCAGAAAGGCUCAGCUCACAGAGGUGGAACCUAUGCAACAUGCUAGUACAGCACAGAAAGCUAGCAAGAAGUUACAAAGCCGUGAGGACAAAGCCUCCAGAUACAUCAGGGAUCCCUCCUUUAAUGAGAAGGGCCAGCCUCAACAACCAGACAGUGCUACCUCCUCAAAUGGAAAGAAGCCAGGAGAGUCUACAGAGACACAAUUGUCAGAUUUGAAGAAAUGUCGCCCUUUCCCUGUACCAAAUCACCGCUCUCCCCGCAGCAGAGGGAAACUCCCAGGGGAUCAGCAGAAAGUAGUGGGCUAUGACCACAUGAGUGUUGCUCAGAAACGCAAAAGUAGCAGCGAGUUGCUGUCCUGAACCUCCUCACUUUCAAUAACCUCUAAGUAUAAAUGUUUGUCCUCCUCUUCCAGCUCCAGCGUCACGGAAGGGAGAGAAUAUCAAGGACGUGCUUAUUUGAAAUACAGUAUUGCUUUUUUCUCAUGUCAAUCCAUUCCUUAAAAAAAACAAACAAAAAAGUCAUGAAUGGACAGUGAGUCUUCUUGAUUUUAAUUUUGAAUGUGAUUUAACAACAGUAAGUGUGUUUGUAAGUGACAGUUGUUGUUUACAUCUCAGCUUUGCAGCCAAACAAGAGGCCAGUCUUAAAACGACCAACUGGAGAAGAGGUGCAGGCGACAGUUGGUACAAGCGUAGUAUGAGUGUGUGAAUGUGUCCUUUGUCUGUUUAUCUUCAGGUUUUUGUGCAAAGAUUUCAGGAACAAGUAUUUGUAUCAAUAUCUGUAUUUGUUAUUGCCGAAUUUAUAAAACUGAUUUAAGAUCGUAAACAUACCUCAGUCUGCUCAUAAUGCUGCUAAAGUUACAAAACAUUUUAUUGCAGAAUAAUUAAAAAAGUCUUGAAUCAUUCUGGUCCUCUGAUUUUCAUUAUUUCACAGUGGUUCUGUACUGGGUCAUUAAAGGCUAAUGACUAAAACUUA